CUCCCAUCGGGUUUGCCCCUUCGCAUAAUAUGCUGUCCAACCACAUGCGGCAGGGCUUACGGGACCGGAGUGGAAAGGGAUGAGAUUGAAAUACAGCCUGCUGCGCUGCUGUCAAUUUGCGUAGACUUUGCACUUCUUUGUAUCUUCAGCAUGCUGGCGUCCAUGGGUGGGUCAAAGCCCGCCUGGAUGAAGUCUCCAAGCCCCUGGAACAUCUUCACAAGCCCUCGAUGGAUCCGGAUCACACUGGCGACAGUAGUGAUAUUGUCGACAUGCAUUUUUCUCGCUGUGGAAACGCGCGCCUUCGACAAAAUUCCUAUGCCGGCCUUAAUCAGCCACAAAGCCGCCGAACCCGAAAAGCCGAAACCGAUUCCCACACCACCGCCCUAUCUCGAAGCCAACGUCACUGGUACCGACAGGCCGGAAAAGCUAGCAUACGUUACUUUCCUCACGGGAGUUCCCACUGAAGGCGACGACCUGUUUAAGCCAAAUGGCGAUGCAGACAAUUUGGAGGACGACAAAUACUUCCAAGCCAUCCGUAUCCUCAUCUGGCAAUUCAUUCAUAAACCUGAGACGCGCACAAAGCAUGAUGUCAUUGUCAUGGUCACUCCUACCGUCACCCAGGCACGACGCGAUCGGCUGGAGAAGGAUGGCGCCAUCGUUCAUGCUGUAGAAUUCCUGCACACUGCCAACGACAGUUGGGUCCACCCCGAGGUGCACAGAUGGGACGACGUAAUGACUAAGCUGCGUGUUUGGGAGAUGACCCAGUACGAUCGCAUCGUCGUGAUGGACGGCGACUCCAUGCUGCUCAAGAAUCUCGACCCAGUAUUCGACGACCCCGCCGCUCAGCUUCUCGCUACCAAGCCGUCCAACGAUACCGAUCUGCCCUCAACUUACCUCCUCGCGUCCAACUCCGAAGUCUGGGACUCGUCCCAUACUUUCCCGCCUACACAUGGCACAGGUCUCAAGGGCCCCGGCAACAUGAACGCCGGGUUCUUCAUCCUCGCGCCUUCGCUUCCCGUCUUCGAGUACUACAAGACGCUACUCAACACACCCGGCUCCUUCGACCCCCGAUAUCCCGAACAAAACCUUAUCAACCACGCGCAUCGCUGGGACGGACCCAUGCCUUGGCGGGAGAUUGCCUAUACUUGGAACAUCCGUUGCCCCAACGACAACGACAUUGCUAAAGGUCUGGUCAGUGUACAUGAGAAGUGGUGGAAGCAGCCGUACAUCUACGAAAAUGCCAAGACGAAGCAAUGGUUGCAGUCACGGCGGUGGGAGAUGAAGGGAUGGUAUGAUGCUUUUGAGGGAUCGAACUUGACGCGAGCAUGAAUUUAUUGUAAGAGAACAAGAGCGAGGCGCUGUGGAGUUGACGAUGUUUUGAUGCGAUAAUACCCAAUAUCUUAUUAUGUCCUAUUUCAAGACCGUUGUAAAUGUCCUACGAAUAUGAACAUUUUCAUGCCCAGUUUCCUAAUUUCCUGUGUUGUGCUGCGAGCUACUGCAAUGUUUCACAUGGGAGUCAC